AUGAGUCAGACAACAGCAAGCAUGGAAUCAAGCCUGCCGAGACAUAACCGAAAGUUUUUAACAGAUCCUCGACAAAUCGAUGCUUUAGCUGGCCUUUCGGCUGGAUUCAUGACUACAAUUGUAGGGCAUCCAUUAGAUCUAAUCAAGGUUAGAUUACAGCUAGCUCAUACAGAUGUAAAUACAAAUAAUCAGCCAUUCAAUUCUAUAAUUCAAGUUGUAUCUAGGAUUAGGCGAGAUUCAGUCUUAGAUUACAACCUCUAUAAGUCAAAGAAUUUUAUAAAUCGAUAUUAUUCAUAUCAUGUUCUAAAGCAAUUUUAUCGAGGAAUAAUUCCCAACUUAAUUGGAAAUAUAUCUGCAUGGUCAUUAUACUUCACAUUAUAUGCAGAGUUUAAGUCUCUCUUAGGAUCUCAAAAUUCCACCAUGUAUUAUUUCACGGCAUCUUCGAUGGCUGGUAUUACAACAUCGAUUAUUACAAAUCCAAUAUGGGUACUAAAGACAAGAUUUUUAAGUAGUUCAAGUCAUGAACGUGAGAGUUAUAAGUCUUUAAGACAUGGUAUAUCUACCAUGCUUCGAAAUGAGGGGAUUUUCAGUUUUUGGAAGGGUUUGAUACCUAGUCUUGCCCUGAUUUUCCAAGCUAGUAUUCAGUUCACUGUUUAUGAUAAUUUAAAAUCAUAUAUAAAUGAGUCUAAAUCAGUUAAAACAAAUGAGCAAUUGACAACGCUCCAAUAUAUUUACUGUUCUGCAUUAUCAAAAAUUUCAAGUAUGAUUGUCAUGUAUCCUACUCAAGUAAUUCGUUCUAGGAUACAGAUUACAAGGAAUAAUAGUCAUUUAAGAGAGAUCAUUCGAGAUUUAUAUAUUAAUGAAGGUGGAAUUAAGGGAUUUUAUAAAGGACUAAGUGCAAACAUUGUGCGUGUAUUACCUGCUACAUGUGUGACGUUUGUUGUUUACGAAAGUGUCAAGAAUUAUCUUAGUUAA